GCAUCAAUAGUGAUUGUCCUUCAAAUGCUGAGUGUUCAAACAACAAGUGUACAUGUAAAACUGGAUUCAUCGACGUUAUGGGGACUUGUGAGAAAAAAUGUAUCGAUAGUGACUGUCCCACAAAUGCUGAGUGUUCAGACAACAAAUGUACCUGUAAAACUGGCUUCGUCGAUGUUAUGGGAACUUGUGAAAAAAAAUGUAUCGAUAGCGACUGUCCUUCAAAUGCUGAGUGUUCAAACAACAAAUGUACCUGUAAAACUGGCUUCAUCGACGUUAUGGGGACUUGUGAGACUGAAUGUGUAGAUAAAAAUUGCCAGACAAAUGCACUUUGCAAAAACAACAAAUGUGUCUGUGUAGAUGGCUACAUAGACAAUGGUGGAAUUUGUGAAGUAAAGUGUGUGGAUAGUGCAUGUCCAUCGAAUUCAGCUUGUGUAGACAACAAAUGCAAAUGUAAUUCCGGAUAUGUAGAAAUCAAUGGCGAAUGUGAAGUGAAAUGUGUGGACAGUGAUUGUAAAGCUAAUGCAGUUUGUCGCCACAAUAAGUGUACCUGUAAAGUGGGCUUCAUUGAAAGAAGUGGUAGUUGUGAAGAACUUUGCCACUCUUUUAACUGUCCUCGAUUUGCUUCAUGCGUCGACAACAGAUGCACGUGUAACAGAGGAUACGUGAUGAUUGGAAACAAAUGUGAAGUUAAAUGUGAUGCUUCGAAAUGCGCGCGAAACGCAAAGUGUCGAUCCAAUAAAUGCCAGUGUAAGAGAGGGUAUAUAGGAGACGGUGCCACUAAGUGUCAAGAAAGCUGUGGAGGUAAGGUCUGUGGAAAGAAUGCUCGAUGUUCACGAUAUGGACGCAGAAGGAAAUGCAAAUGUGUAAGAGGCUUCUAUGGCGAUGGUUUCACUUGUACAGAUACCUGUGGUGGAAAGAAAUGUCAUAUGUAUGCACGAUGUAUAAAUAACAAAUGUGUCUGUUCUAUGGGUACUUACGGAUCAGGAGAAACUUGCAAGAGACUGUGUGGGUGGAAGCGAGUUAGAUGCGGUGACAAUGCCAGCUGCUACAGAGGAAAAUGUAAAUGUGACGGGGGAUUCGAAGGAGACGGCAUGAUCUGUAAAAAACUAUGCACAUGCACAAUCACGAGUGACACGUGGUAUAAUCUGUACGAUGGGAACUUUGUGAGGUUUGCUGGAACUUGUAAAUACGCCUUGUCCCAAUACAGUAAUUCCAGUUCCCCAUGUCAAUACACGACGGAGAUAAAGUACAAAAAGACAGACUCUCCAAGAAAGGGAACAACGUUAGAGUAUAUCGAAAUCUCUGCUGCAGGAAGGAAGAUACACAUGGGUAGAAAUUUAGAAGUCAUGGUGGACGACCUCCAGGUGUACUUACCUUACACAUCUGCCGCCGUAACAAUUCACUACAGCGGGCUAGGUGUGAUCGUCCUUUUUAACGGCUGUAGUAUUCGGUUGUUCUGGAAUGGAAGGGGAAUGGUAGCACUGUCUGUUCCAUUAGACUUUGGUGAUUCUUUGACUGGAAUCUGUGGGAACUGUAACAAAAAGAGGGACGAUUUGAGAAUUAAAGGUGGUGAAGAUGUUACGAGUUAUGGACAGGAGGCUGGGUCAUAUAUUGGAAACAGCUAUUUAGUGACAGAAAUGGAGAAUAACCAAACAUGCGAGUCCCUUGGGUCUACCAUAACAUGUUGGAACCGUAGGGGCUCCUACUCGUUCAGGAAAUGUGGAUUGCUUAACAGGAAAUACAAAUAUUCACCAUUCAAACGUUGUAUGAAAGCGUUCCCAGAGCUUGCAGACAGAAUGUAUAAAGCCUGCAGGCAGGACUAUUGUGCCAGUGGCCUUGAGGCUGAUUCCACUCUCUGUAGACAUUUAGAAGGAUUCGCCACUCUGUGCGCCAAACGUGGUCAGCUCGUAUAUUGGAGGUACCGUGUUCCGACUUGCAAACGGAAACUUAAGUGUGGAAAGAGAAAGUUUUACUGGUGGUUUGCAUCUGCAUGUCCCAAUACAUGUAUGGAUCCAAAUGCAGAAAAGAAAUGCAUUCUGCCAAAGACUGAAAGCUGUCGUUGUGCUCAUGGUUUUGUCUUAAGUGGAGAAAAGUGUGUCAGGGCAAAAGAUUGUGGGUGUUCAAGGGGUCCUUAUUAUUUUCCAUUAAAAGCAGUUUACACGAAGCCCGAUUGCUCUGGAGUCGACACGUGUCGUAAAUUACCAGGCAAAAAGCGCCCUCAGUUGGUCAAGGGCAAAAAACAAACUUGUCACACUGAGGCUACUUGUGACGUCAUACACGGUGUACCUCAGUGCACAUGCCAGAUUGGAUUUACAGGGGACGGUGUCAUAAAAUGUAAACCGGCAACGUCGUGUUCUGUGUCAGAAAACGUUCGAAAUUGCAGUGCUACUAUUGAGUUAGCGGGAGAAUGUUUCUACAAAUCCAGACAUACGCAGGCUUGUAGAUACACCACGCUCAGCGUCACAGACGGCAAGAAACAUCGUGCUUACGUCAAGUUUAAGGGCCAGACUAAAAGCCGAUCUCUGCCCCGUGGUCACACGUCUUCGGGAUGUGCAGACUUUACGUUUUCAGGAGACCGAGUUAUUAUAGAGGAAAAAAUAUGUGAUUGUCCUGGACAUUAAAUUUCAAUGCAUGAACAAAUUGUCUAUAUAUUUAUUGUAAUUUACUGGAAUAAAAUAUCUUUAAAAGAUCACUGUAUUCAUGUACAUAAUGUAAAAUGGACUGGGAAAUAGAACGCUUACAAUUGCAAAUAACACAUGAUUAACAAAAAACAAUAUUAUAACUGAAUAUGGCAAAUGAAGAAGUCAGAUGUGACCGAAAUUGAGGAA